AUGUAUGUAGCUACCUUUUGUAUGUUAUGGGCUCUAUCCUGUAAUUUCGGACUUGUACGUACCUUCGGACGCAAUGAAAAGGAAAAAUUACUGCUUAUUUCAGCCGAAUACAUUCCAUUGGGCAUUUUUGAAGUCCCAGAAGCCAACUUUUCCACAUUCCGUACGUUAAUGGAGGAAGGAUGCCUCAUCCCGAACAUUUCCAUUAAUAACUUCUCAACUUCAGCGGAGAUACACUCAAUCUUGUUGUCCGGCGGUUUGUACCAGGGCUCUCAUGACAAUAGAUCCCGUAUAUUGCCAUGUGACAAGAUUCUCUUUUCAAAAAUUUUACCGCAUUUUGAGCCACUAUGGUUAACUAAUCAGCGUCAUGGACUGCACAGCGCCUCAUUUUUUUGGCCUGAUGAUCAUGUGGCCGUGAACAAUUCCCGACCUUUUCUUACUGCUGGUAUUGAUCCGGAUGCGCGUACCGUCUAUUUCGAUGUCGAUCGAAUUCACCGGUGGCUUCUCAACCCAUCUAUCACCUUCUUGAGUAUAUUUAUUCCUUGCCCAUAUCAUGGGGAUGAUUCCAACUUCAUUUUCGACUACGUCGAGUAUGCUGAUGCUUUCCUUUUUUCUCUUCUCUCACGUAUCAAAAGCUCACCCAAAUUAAGUUCUUUAGUUAACAUUGUUUUAAUCGGCGGCACGGCUGCUGUUGAUGCCCAAUCAAAUGAUGAAAUUGUUCCCAUUCGGAAGUACUUCCGUUCUUGGCCAGCUUCUGCUUUCAGCAAUCACUUUAAUCGUGGUAGAUUUCUCGAAUUUUGGCCCACGCCUGGCGAAGAAGAUGCGGAUAUGGUGCGGCUGCUUACAGAAGAAAAUGACGACUUCUUUGUCUGUAAUACUGCGGAAUUUCAAAGACGGUUUUCCAGGUUCAAUAUGGGACUGCUACCGCCGUAUUAUCUUGUAGCAAAGCCAGGAAAAGUGCUUCAAAUCAGCGAUACUAGGGGCUCAGAAACGUCAACAAAUGUGAACCGGUUGUCAGCCUUUGCUCUCCUCUGGGGCAACGCUUUCAUCUCCGCCGAUACGUCAAGCAUCUGUGGAUUGCAUAACCAGUCGACCAUAACGCUGCACCUGGCCGACAUUUAUCCACUGGUGUGCUGGGUGCUGCACCUACCUCGUCCGUGGCUUCACUGGGGCAACUUAGCACGAGUAACUCGCCUUCUCAGCCAACCGCCUUUCCUCUCCCAGGUGAAGGAGUUUGAGAGACGAUCAAGGGCGUGGACCACUCUGCCAAUCGGUAUUGAUAGUAAAUUGGCAGUGUCAAAGGAAACCUUCCUUACGGGUGGCCUCAUAUCCGCCUUCGUGGUGAUUUUCGGCAUCGUUUUUGCAGUUUGCGCAAUAAAAGUGCAUCGACGCUACCACCGCACUUCCGGUGGUGGUGAUAACUUUGGCAGGGUACGUUACCACAGACGUCGCAUUCCUCGUCCUUGGCUUGCUCCUUCGACCUCUCCUUAUGUCCUUCGUAACCAGCGUCUCCUCAGUAGCUCCACCGGAGGUCACAGUAACGAGGCCACAGAGGAAGAGGAGGAGGUGCUGAUCAGUAACGAUGCUCUCACUCGAAGCCGUCGCCGUGAUGACGCAGAAGCCUUCAUUCAGAUGCUUCACAGUCCCUCUGAGAGUUCCAUGCCGAGAACGAUGCCAGCACUAAGUGGCGCUUAA